UCACCGGAUAUAUAAAUGCGUGCAAGAAUGCCGCACGUCGCUUUUUUGCCUCAGUAAAGGUAGAGUUGUGUUCGCGUUGCGCGUUUGUUGUGUGCGUUUCCUUUUCCCCUGAAAUAGGCCACAUAACCUAAUGUCCAUUUCGUGAAACUAACUCUCCUAGAAAAACCCAAAAAAAAGCAAAAAAAAUUGUGAAAAAAAAAACGUAUUGAAAAAAAAUCGCAAAACCACAAAGCGAAAAUCGUCGUGUCCUCGAUGAUAAAGGAAAAGAAAGGGAAGUAAAUACCGAGUCGAGAGCCCAGAGUAUUCGUGAGCGACGUUCGUUCGCGGGGAGAAACAGACGGAGGAAUUUAUCUACUCACAGGCACGCAAAAAAAAGUACCUACGCACGCACGUACGUAGUGGAAGCGGGAGAGGUGAAGAGGAAAACGUGUGCGAGGACGCGCGAGCGACGAGACACGGGCAGGUGCGGUGCGUUGUAGACGGAGCAGGAUAAGCCGUACCGCGCGUGGAGGGUAGACAAGGAAGAAGCCAAACGAUUGAAGCGUCGCGCGCGACGCCAAAGUACGCCGUCCCGUUUCUCUCUUUUCUCUGCGAUAAUCUACCGCCACCACAGCCGCCGCCAUGAAUCCUGGAGCACCCAAUUACCCCAUGGCUUCGCUCUAUGUAGGCAAUCUGCACACCGACAUCACCGAGGCGAUGCUGUUCGAGAAAUUCUCGACUGCUGGACCUGUGCUGUCGAUUCGCGUAUGCCGCGACAUGAUCACCCGCCGCUCGCUCGGCUACGCAUAUGUCAACUUUCAGCAACCAGCCGAUGCUGAACGCGCCCUUGAUACUAUGAACUUCGACAUUAUAAAAGGGCGGCCUAUCAGGAUUAUGUGGUCCCAGCGCGAUCCCUCCUUACGCAAGUCAGGCGUUGGAAAUGUAUUUAUCAAGAACUUAGAUAAAAACAUAGACAAUAAAGCGAUGUAUGAUACGUUUUCGGCGUUCGGUAAUAUACUGAGUUGCAAGGUUACGCAAGACGAAUCAGGCGCGUCAAAGGGUUACGGUUUUGUUCAUUUUGAAACAGAGGAAGCAGCCAACAAAUCUAUUGAAAAAGUCAAUGGAAUGUUGCUAAAUGGCAAGAAGGUGUAUGUCGGUAAAUUCAUUCCACGUAAGGAACGCCAAAAGGAAUUAGGCGAGAAGGCCAAACUGUUCACAAACGUCUACGUAAAGAACUUUGGCGAGGAUAUGACCGACGACAAGCUGAAAGAAAUGUUUGAAAAGUAUGGGACCAUUACAAGCCACAAAGUGAUGAUUAAGGACGACGGCAAAUCACGUGGCUUCGGAUUUGUCGCAUUUGAGGACCCAAACUCUGCCGAGCAGGCGGUGCUUGAUUUGAACGGUAAGGAGAUUGCCGAGGGCAAGUGUAUGUACGUUGGACGGGCUCAGAAGAAAGCCGAGCGUCAACAGGAACUUAAACGGAAAUUUGAGCAAUUGAAAAUCGAGCGGCUGAAUCGAUAUCAAGGUGUGAAUUUGUAUGUAAAGAAUUUGGAUGAUACGAUCGACGAUGAGCGUCUGCGUAAAGAAUUUACGCCGUUUGGUACGAUCACCUCAGCGAAGGUGAUGAUGGAAGAAGGACGUAGCAAGGGUUUUGGUUUUGUGUGCUUCUCACAGCCAGAGGAAGCCACCAAGGCAGUUACUGAGAUGAACGGACGCAUCGUAGGUUCCAAACCCCUCUACGUUGCUCUGGCGCAACGUAAGGAAGAUCGUAAGGCACACCUUGCCUCUCAAUAUAUGCAACGCAUGGCAAAUAUGCGCAUGCAGCAGAUGGGUCAAAUAUUCCAUCAACCCGGUAACGCCGGUAGUUACUUUGUACCUACACUGCCGCAGCCGCAGCGAUUCUAUGGACCCGCGCAGAUGGCGCAAAUUCGUGCUACUCCACGCUGGCCAGCGCAACCAAAUCAAGUAAGACCGAACGCGCAGACUGGCAACUCUGGAUUCGCAUCAAUGCAAGCUGCACCAUUCCGAGCGGCGCCGCGAGCUCCUGCCGCACAGGCUGGAGCUUUACGUAAUAACAUGUCUGCAAGACCUAUCACAGGUCUGCAAGCUGUUAGUAACAAUAUGCAGAGCCGUUCCAUGGCUGGACCAGCCGUUGGUGUCUCGCCCGGUCAGAGCCGUCCAUCGAAUUACAAGUACACCGCAAAUAUGCGCAAUCCUCCACAAGCGGCUAUGGCUCUACCUACACCGAGUGGUCCUUCUAUGCAGCAGGCGGUUCAUAUCCAGGGCCAAGAACCGCUCACUGCAUCGAUGCUAGCUGCAGCACCACCGCAGGAACAAAAACAAAUGUUAGGAGAACGUUUAUUCCCUCUGAUCCAUGACAUGAAUCCACAACUGACCGGCAAAAUCACUGGUAUGUUGUUGGAGAUCGAUAACAGUGAACUGCUUCAUAUGCUGGAACACAAAGAAUCUCUGAAGGCCAAGGUCGAUGAAGCCGUGGCCGUAUUACAGGCCCAUCAAGCAAAACAAGCCGUCGCGCCGAAGAAGGAAUAAACGUCUCAUCGAUAAUGUUUAUUUAUAAUAAGUGAAAAUAAAUUUCGAUAUAUUUUGAAUUUGA